ACUUUCCCGCCGCUCUCAGGGGGAAAAAAGAAAACAAGGCUUUCAGUGGAUAACUCAAAAGGGCCCAAAGACAAACUGUGAAUGAAAGAGAGACACUCUGCAACAUACAGUGUUCAGUUUUGUUUGCUUCGAAGAAUAGUGAGAACUGAAAAUGCCACCUCCUGUGGAUAUUGUGAAAGUGGCUAUAGAAUGGCCUGGUGCCUUUCCAAAGCUGAUGGAAAUUGAUCAAAAAAAACCAUUGACUGCAAUUAUAAAGGAAGUCUGUGACGGGUGGUCUCUCCCAAACCAUGAACAUUAUGCAUUGCAGCAUGCCGAUAGUUCCAGUUUUUAUAUCACUGAAAAGAACCGUAAUGAAAUAAAAAACGGAGCGAUACUUCGAUUAACAACAUCUCCAGCGCAAAAUGCCCUUCAGCUCCAUGAGAGGAUCCAGUCGUCUAGUAUGGAUGCCAAGUUGGAAGCACUGAAAGACUUAGCUAGCUAUUCACGUGAUAUAACGUUUGCCCAAGAAUUUAUCAAUCUAGACGGCAUUUCACUACUAACACAGAUGGUGGAAAGCGGCACCGAACGGUAUCAGAAAUUGCAGAAGAUAAUGAAGCCCUGCUUUGGAGAUAUGUUAUCCUUCACACUGACUGCAUUUGUGGAGCUGAUGGAUCAUGGAAUUGUAUCUUGGGACACAUUUUCUGUGGCUUUCAUUAAAAAGAUAGCUGGUUAUGUGAGCAAAUUCCCCACUGACAUUGCUAUAUUGCAGCGUUCAUUAGCCAUCUUAGAAUCAAUGGUGCUGAAUAGCCACGAUCUGUACCAGAAGGUGGCGCAAGAGAUUACCAUUGGACAGCUAAUCUCACCUCUACAAGGGGCAGAUCAGGAAAUACAAACCUACACCAUUGCUGUCAUAAAUGCACUUUUCCUUAAAGCACCUGAUGACAGGAGACAGGAGAUGGCAAAUAUUUUAGCUCAGAAACAGCUUCGGGGAAUUAUCUUGCAACAUGUUAUCAGAGCCCAGAGGGCCAUCAAUAAUGAAAUGGCACAUCAGCUUUAUGUUCUGCAAGUUCUUACCUUUAACUUACUAGAAGACAGAAUGAUGACCAAAAUGGAUCCUCAAGAUCAGGCACAGAGGGAUAUCAUUUUUGAACUCAGGCGAAUUGCAUUUGAUGCAGAAUCUGAACUCAACAAUAGUGCUGGCAAUGUGGAAAAACGCAAAUCCAUGUAUACCAGAGAUUACAAGAAACUUGGAUUUAUUAAUCAUGUGAACCCUGCAAUGGAUUUUACACAAACUCCUCCAGGAAUGCUAGCCCUUGACAACAUGUUGUAUUUUGCUAAACAUCAACAGGAUGCUUAUAUCCGGAUUGUCCUAGAAAACAGCAGCCGGGAAGAUAAGCAUGAAUGUCCAUUUGGCCGAAGUAGUAUUGAAUUAACAAAGAUGCUGUGUGAUAUCCUGAAAGUGGGAGAGCUACCCAGUGAGACCUGCAAUGAUUUCCACCCAAUGUUCUUCACGCAUGACAGGUCUUUUGAAGAAUUCUUCUGUAUUUCCAUCCAACUGUUGAAUAAGACAUGGAAAGAGAUGAGAGCAACCUCUGAAGACUUCAAUAAGGUAAUGCAAGUGGUGAAGGAGCAAAUAAUGAGAGCACUAACCACGAAGCCUAGUUCUUUGGAUCAGUUCAAAAGUAAACUUCAAAAUCUAAGCUACGCAGAAAUACUGAAAAUUCGCCAGUCUGAGAGGAUGAAUCAGGAAGAUUUCCAGUCUCGUCCAAUUUUGGAGCUAAAAGAGAAGAUCCAGCCUGAAAUUUUAGAGUUGAUUAAGCAGCAGCGUCUAAAUCGUCUUGUUGAAGGAACUUGCUUUAGAAAACUCAACAGUCGACGGAGACAAGACAAAUUUUGGUAUUGCCGACUUUCCCCAAACCACAAAGUCUUGCACUAUGGAGACUUGGAAGAGAGUCCCCAGGGAGAGGUUCCACAUGAUUCGUUACAAGAUAAAUUGCCUGUGGCAGAUAUAAAAGCUGUUGUUACAGGAAAGGACUGCCCUCACAUGAAGGAGAAGGGAGCCCUGAAACAAAACAAGGAAGUACUUGAGCUAGCUUUCUCUAUCUUGUUUGACUCAAAUGGACAGUUAAAUUUCAUCGCUCCUGACAAGCAUGAGUACUGUGUGUGGACCGAUGGUCUCAAUGCCCUUCUGGGAAAGGAUAUGAUGAGUGAACUCACACGCAAUGACUUGGACACUCUGCUCAGUAUGGAGAUAAAGUUGCGUCUCCUGGACCUGGAGAAUAUACAGAUCCCAGAUGCUCCGCCACCAAUUCCAAAGGAACCAAGCAACUAUGACUUUGUAUAUGACUGUAACUAACAUGGCUCUCUCAACUGAGACUUACACUUAAACUGGAAGUAUUAUAACUGGAGAGAUUUUUUAAAAAGAAGAGAACAAGAUAUGCACAUUGGAUUUCAUUUCAAGGGGGCUCUGAAAUACUUAUUUCCCCUUGCUUUCAACCCUACUGCCUGGCACCACCUCCCCCAUUGUUAAUGGGGAGACAACUGCUUUCAUUCAUGUCUUGCCAUUGGGCUCCAUCAGAUUAAAACAAGCUCAACUUGGAUGUUGCCCUUGGUGGAACUUCCUUGUUUUUAAAAUGCUGGACUGCACAUUCCAAGUAAAAGGACAGUGUGGCCAAAAGGCAUGACCACCAAACCAAAUCCAGCAUUGCAGGUGCUUUAAAUGGAAGAAAAGAAGUAAAGAACAAAAGCUACUGUAAAUGGAGAGUGACCAAACAUUCAUAUCCACCUCUCCCAAACUUUGAGUCGGUUUAAAUAGCUGACCACAGUGAAAAUGAAGACGAUUGUUAACUGCUUUCAGCUUCUACACAUUUCUUCUCAUGGCCACUACCAUCCUCUUCAUUUACACAAGCAUCUACACUCCACCACCAUUUUCUGCUGUGUCCAGUAACUGCUUCUUAAAAUAAUAAGUUCACAAGUCUUUGCUGCAAACAUGUCUAACCUCUGAAAGGGCAGAUGUUACUAUCUCCCCUAACUGAUUUCCACACUUUUAAUGACACCACUUGUUCUUUUUUUUCUCCCUGUUGUGUAAUUACAUAUCACUAAAAUUAGCAGGAGUAUUUGUCCAAGGUGGAAUUGAUAAUUGUGUGGAAAGCGGCAUAUGCCAUUGGUUAAUAUAAAGUGUUCUGUGUUCAGGUUUUUUGUCCUCAAAAUGUGGAGAGUUACUAAUUUGCAAGGGAUUUGGUUUUGUACAAAAGAUUUUAAUAAUUCUUGCCAAAUAUGUAUUUAAUUAAAAAUGCUAUAUUAUUGUAUGUACUUCUUUUUUUAAAGUUGUCUUUUCAUUUCCAUAUAAUGUCUGGAAUAUUUGCCCUGGCCGAGAAACAUAUGCACCAACAUUGCCAUCAACAUUGCUGUGGAAUAAAAUUGGACUUGUGCUUA